AUGUGCCUGUACAACAUAGACCGAUACGUUAUUCGUGAUGACGAGAAAUGGAACAAUCGUAGUGACAAGGAUAAGAGAUCAGCUUCCCCUCACGCGAUCAUGUUGGCCGAGAACUUGGCUGACAUGGAGGUUCUUGUAUCUCCGGAAGGGACGGAUAAGAUGCGCCUUCUUUGA